GUCACACGUAUCUGCGAGAUCUGCUUUGAGGAGAAGCCCCAGCUCGACGAUUUUCCAUCCUUUCAUCGAUGUUACCACCCGCCAGCCACCUGCUUGUUGUGCAUCCUCAGACAUCUACGUUGGCGGAUGAGGCUGAUGCCGGAUUGCAGCACAAUUACCUGUCCGUCCUGUGGAAUUCCCAUACCAAUGUCCGAGCUGAAGGCGGCUCUGGGAGAGAAGGUGUGCCGGCACGUCGAGGAGUGGCUCCAGAAUGCACGGGUCUGGCAUCUGGGCACCUGGCAAAGCUGCCCGAAGCCCGACUGCGGUCAUUCAGGCAAGGUGUAUCAUGGAUCACUAGCCAGGUUGAAAUGCCCAAAGUGUGGCACAAAAAGCUGCUUCCGACAUCAGGUUCUCUGGCACAGGAACGCCACCUGCCGGCAGUAUGACGCCCAGAUGCCGCCGGAAGAAAAAGAACAUUUGCAGUUUCUCUAUCAGAUGACGAGGAAGUGUCCGGCAUGCCACAUGCGAGCGUCAAAACCCGAGCACUGCGAUAUAGGUCAAUGUGAG